AUGGCUUCAAUUCUUCGGUUGUACAAUGCUGCUCUCAUCCGAAGACCUAUGUUCGCACAAUCUGUUACUGCCGCUGUUUUAUUUGGUGCAGGUGAUGUAAUUGCCCAGCAAGCUAUUGAGCGUCAGGGCAAGAAUCAUGAUUUCAUGCGUACUGCACGUCUCACUUUUUAUGGAGGCGCGUUCUUUGGUCCAGCAUUGACAAAAUGGUAUCAACUUCUCAACCGGAUCAAGUUCCCCAGUCCUACGAAGGCUGUCAUGUAUCGCGUUUGGCUCGACCAGGCGAUCCUGACUCCCGUGGCUGUCGGAUUCUUUUUCGGCACAAUGAGUAUUCUAGAGGGAAAAGGUAUUUCUGGCGCACAGGACCGCAUUAGUACUGCAUACACCCCAACGUUAAUUCGUAAUUGGGGCGUCUUUAUACCCACCCAAAUCAUCAACUUCGCUAUCGUACCGCAUCAUCUCCAGUUUGUUGUCGUCAGUGUUGUCAGCUUGUUUUGGAACACAUACCUCAGCGCUGUCAAUGCCAGUUCGCAGCAUCAGGAAGCAAUCGAAGCAGAUAAAAGCACCGAGAAGCAGCAUGAUCGUACCUCGUGA